UUAACUUGAAUUAUUAUGAACUUGUCUGAGGUUUAGCACAGCUUUGAUUCUUUGAUCGAUCAGUAAUACAGAUGCUUAUAUUCCUUACAUCAGGUCAACUAGAUCCUUAUAGAGUGUGAUACACUUCCAUCUCGGUGCUGAUACCUUCUUUGGGUAUGAUUAAUCCUCUGAGUCUUUAAAAAUUGAUUGAACAUGCUAUUCUGGGUCCUCCUGAACUUACUAGAAAGACCUUUAAUCUUAUUUGAUAUUCUUCAUAUUUACAGAAUACUUAUUCUUCAUGCAUUUCAAAUUUUUCCUCAGAUUUGUAGGUGUAGCAUCAGACUUCUUCUGGCAGUUAAACUUGAGCUUUAUUACAGACGGUUUGUUAUUUAGGUUCAUUAAUGAAUUUUUCAUCCUGUUGAUCUACCCUUCUUCUAAAGGUCCUCAAGUAGUGGC